AUGUUUAACGACCCCGAGUACGAUUGGAAUUUCCAGACAAUCCCACAAGUCGGGUCGUAUAUCGCCGAUACGAUGCGCAACCUUCCGAUCAAGGUUAUCGCCGACCACCAAGGCGGAAUGAAAGAGUUGUCGGCUCUGCCCGCCAACGUCACAGACAUCACUCAACAAACUGGUUUCGCAGAGCUGAUGAGCCUCGCCAAGGCCGAAAAGCUCUUCAUCAAGAUCUCGGGUUUCUACCGCUCUUCUAAGGUCACCACGGGCGGAUACGACGACCUCGAACCACUGAUCAAGGUUUUUGCACAGGAAGUGCCCGACCAGCUGAUCUGGGGAUCAGACUGGCCACACACGGGCUCCGGCGCAAACCGAACUGAAGCUAACAAGGACGUGCCCGAGCAAUUUCGCGUAGUGGACGACGCGGCCGUAUUGAAGAACAUCAGGAAAUGGGUUGGGAAAGAUGUGUGGUACAAGAUGAUGGUGACAACACCUGCAAAAGUAUAUAUGUGA